AUGGCUGAUCAUCAACAACACCUCCUCCCAGAACAAGCAGAACCAUCCAAAGAACAGACAAUGUUGCCUUCACUGAACAAGCAAAACUCGAUCUUCUCGCUUACGUUCGACGAGAUCCAAGGCAAGAGCGGAAGGAGCUUCGGGUCGAUGAACAUGGAGGAGUUCAUCGCCAACAUAUGGAGUGUUGAAGAAAACCAAGUCUCCCCACAACAGACCAAUAACCAAGAACAAGUACUGAACAAUGACAAGAAAUUAUCAGCUCAGCCAAGUAAUAAUAACAAUAGUACUAAUAAAAGUACUCUUUCGAGGCAAGGCUCUUUCUCAAUUCCAAUCCCACUAUGCAAGAAAACUGUGGAUGAAAUCUGGUUUGAGAUUCACAAAGAUGAGUCCUCGGAGCCAGAACCCGAAAAGGCCGACGAUUCGGGACCUCAAAGACAACAAACGCUAGGAGAAAUGACAUUGGAGGAUUUCCUAGUGAAAGCUGGAGUUGUUCAAGAAUCGCCAUCUGAAGGGUCUUCUCAGAACAAGACAGUGACAUUCCUGGUUGAAGAUCAAUCUGCCGGGAAAGCUGAGAAUGGGAUUCUGGAUUCUUGUUCCGGGUUUUCGACUCGGCAAUCUGUUGAUCAAAAUCAUUUUCUUGGUAAUGGUACUUGUUCUGGUUUUGCAGCUUACCAAGUGCAUGGACAGAGUGGCGUGCUUGUGGGGCAACAAGUUUGUAACAAUGUUAAUAGUGGUGCUAGUACUAGUGUUGGUGAGAAAGGCAAUGGUUUGACUGAAACUGGCGGGACAAAGACCGGAAAAAAGCGGAUAAUUGAUGGCCCGCCGGAGGUGGUGGUGGAGAGAAGGCAGCGAAGGAUGAUCAAGAAUAGAGAAUCUGCGGCUCGGUCCCGUGCCAGGAAGCAGGCCUAUACCGUGGAGCUGGAAGUUGAGCUCAAUCAGCUCAAAGAGGAGAAUGAAAAGCUGAAGCAAAUUAUGGCUGAGAUUGAGCUCAAGAGAAAGCGAGAGGUACUGAUGAAAAGGAAACAAUGUUCGACAAAGGCACAAAACAUGGCAGAAAAACUGAGGACAAUAAGGAGGGCGGCUAGCGUAGCUUGGUGA